AGGAAGCAAAUGUGUGUCAGGAAGUACCGCUUCACUGCUCACCUUCACGCAUGAGCUUCUCACAGGUACAGGAAUGUCUUGAAGUCCUUCUGGAGGGAAAGACGGUCCCAGCUUCAGCUGAGGUACACUCCAAUGAAAGAGGGACCCGAGCUGAAAAGAAAUGAAUCAGAACCACACAACACCUCUACCCACACCACCACACAACAAACCUGGUUACUUUGCAUUCAUCCCACUCCUUCUACUGACCCUCACUGGAUGUAUAGUAGCAGUGGUUUAUUAUUUCAGGAGAAGAUCAAGAUUAGAUGAGUUGCGCCACCGGCUGAUUCCUCUGUACAGCUACGACCCUGCAGAGGAGGAAGAAGAGUGGGGUGAUAUUGAUGGAGGCAACAAGGAGCAAGAGCUGGCUGAACCUCUGUACAACGAGACUCAGCUCCUGUUUCCCUCUGACUAUGGCACAUGAGCAGGAU